AUGGCGCUGGCCAUUGCCCGGGCGGCUGAGGGGUGGGCGGCCGCCGGGAUGAUGGCGACGCCGCUGGCCGUGUUGUCCUGUCCGGCGGUCGCUCCCCCGGCUGGGGGCUGCGGCCCCGGGGGCCAGGUUGCCGGCCACGACCCGGGCAUGCUGGCCCCGAUGUCCGGCUGGCGAGCAGAGGCCGCCACGAGCGCCGCCUUGUGGCGUCUGGCAGCCAGGUGUGGCCGGUGGCCGGUGGCCGGGCCGCCGUGUGACCGGCCGGGUAUCCUCUCGGUCAGCAUGGGCCCGCUUGGUCGGCGACCGGCGGUGCUGGCCUUGCCGCCGGCUGGGCCUGGGACCCUGGCCCAUGGUUCGAUGUGA